AUGGACUGCGCUGCAGAAGCGGAAUGUCGGGAGACACCCAUGGGACCAAUGUGUCAAUGUAUGAGUGGUUUUGUCGACAUCUCCAGACAACAUGGUCGACCGGCAGGUAGAAUUUGCCGUCCUGUCGUCAACGAAUGUGCAGAAGGCAAGCAUGACUGCUCACGCCAUGCCGCCUGUAUCGACACUGCAGAUGGCUUCACAUGUAGAUGUCACGACAACUAUCGUGAUGAGAGUCCGUCACCAUCAACGAACCCGGGCAGGGUCUCUUUCGUACCAGAUCCACCAGAAUGUGAUGUGAGCGAUCCCAUGAGCUGUGAUCAGCACAAAUCUGAGGUUUGUGUGUUCGUGCAUGGCACGUACAAAUGCCGUUGUGCUGGUGGCUAUUCUCGCUUGCCCGAUGGCCGAUGUCUGGCCAUCAACGAAUGCGAACAUCAACGUCUGAACACCUGUGGACAAAAUGCGGAAUGCAUCGAUUUGGCCGAGGGUUAUACCUGUCAAUGCCGCUCGGGAUUCGCCGACGUUUCUCCUCCAGGACAACCUGGUCGACUGUGCAAGGCUCGCAUCAAUGAGUGUUCUAAUAAGGAGAAAUACCGCGUCGACUGUGACGAGAACGCGAUCUGUGUUGACACCGACGACUCGUUCACAUGCCAGUGCCGUCCAGGAUUCGCCGACAUCUCAGCUUCGUUCAACCGAUUACCGGGCCGACGCUGUAUCGAGGCGGUCAACGAAUGCUCUAUUAAAGGCAUGAACGACUGCUCCGAAUUCGCGCUCUGCGAAGACGCCAAGGAGGGUUAUGUGUGCUCAUGUCGUACUGGCUACGUGGAUGCAUCACCGAACGCGACUCAUUACCCGGGCCGGGUUUGUCGUAAACCCAUUGAGAGAUUGACGGUGACAGAGUUCACAAGCUCUUUCUCACAUGACUCCUGCGAUCCAAAGAAGCCGCACUGUGGAACGAAUGAGAUCUGCACUGAUCGAGGUCAACGAGGGCAUCACUCCUGCCAAUGUGCGGACAAUGCGUUCCGAUACGAGGACGGCACCUGCCGAGGUGGGUCGAUUUUUUGA